AUGGAAACAAAUAAACCGAAAAAGGCUAUAAUUAAUAGUAAAAAUAAUGAAUCUUUGUGUGAAUCAGUAGAAGAUACAGCCAAAAGGGGUGUCAAAUCACCUCCAUGGAUAAACAAAGGAAAUCAAAUAAAAAAAGCUAAUAUAGUUGGCGAUUCUAAAAAUAGUAAAGAUGCUUUGAAAAAGGAAGUUCCAGAAAAUCCAAAUAUUAUUGAAAAAGGGAUUGGGGUGAUUCAAAAAAAAAUGCCCACUAAUACGAGUAAAAAUAGCACGAAAAACGGUACGAUAAAUGAUAUUAAAAAUGAUAUUAAAAAUAACAAUGUUAAUAAUACUGGAUAUGGAAAAGAAUUGAAAAUGGACAAAGGUCGAUUAGAUGAAAUAAGAAUAUUAGUUAAUAACGAAAGUGAAUUGCAUACAUUGCCAUCUGGAGCUGUUGGUAGGAGAGCUCCCUUGAAUCCGUUUUCUUCACCUAUACUUGGGAAAUAUAGAAGGAAAAAUGUAAAUGCAAAAAAAAAAGUAAAAGAUCCGAGAUUAAAUAAUAAUCCAUUAGUUGGGAGAUUAGUAGUAUGUAUAUCAACUACAGCAAUUUUAUUUUGGGUAUUUUUUUCCGAAAUGAUAUUUAAUUAUAAUACAUUUAAUGGUAGAUGUAUAUCUAAAGUUUUAUACCCAAUAUAUACAGAAGCUGUAGAAUCAAAUAGAGAGCCAUUUUUUGUAUUUUUAGGAUAUGGCGCAUGUGAAUAUAAUUUAGAAGAAUCAGCUUUAGAUAGGCAUUUUAUAGGAACACAAACAUCUGAUAAUGGAUGGCCAAAAAAUAAAGUAGAAGAUAAUCCAGAUGGUCGAGGAUAUGCUACAUGGGAUUCAGUAAAUAAUCGUGUAUAUAAUCAAUUAGGAGGAUUAAAUACAAAUUACAUUAGAAAUUAUGGAGAAAUAUAUCGUUUAUUUUGGUCUAUGUAUUUACAUGGUGGUUUAAUGCAUAUAGUAUUUAAUGUUAUAUGCCAAAUUCAAAUAUUAUGGAUGAUUGAACCAGAUUGGGGAUUUUUAAGAACACUAUUCUUAUUUUUUAUAUCUGGAAUAACAGGAAAUUUAUUAUCAGCUGUUUGUGACCCAUGUGGUGUUACGAUUGGAUCAUCAGGUUCUUUAUAUGGAUUAAUAGGAGCAUUAUUUGCUUAUUAUGUAGAAUAUUGGAAAACUAUACCUAGACCAUGUUGUGUGAUUAUAUUUAUGAUAUUAGUUGUUAUAUUUGGUAUUUUUAUUGGUAUGUUUGGGUAUACAGAUAAUUAUGCACAUAUUGGUGGGUGCUUAGGAGGGAUCCUUUAUGGUUUUGCUACAAUAACUACAGUAUCAUCAGCUGACAAAUGCACAUUAGGAGAACGGAUGUUAACAUCUCCACCCUUUUCAUGGUUUUUAUCGAAUAAAACAAAACAAUUAAUUGAAGAAAAGGCUCGAGAAAAAAAAAUAAAAGGUGAAAAUUAUCGAAAAAAACAAAUAGCUAAUAAAGUACAUAAAACAGAUGCAUUACAUACUAUUAUGUCUAUUAUGAAGAACAGAAUAAAUGAUGAAGGAAGGCCAUCAUGUAAAAUGAAACCAAGAGAGUGGAUUGUACGUAUCACAUCUGCGUCCAUUUUAAUUAUAUUAUGGAUCAUCUUAUUUAUAUACUUACUAGAUGAAAGUGCUUAUCGAUCUUAUACACCAAUGGGGCAAAUUAAAUUUAGUGGAGUUCAUUCUUGUUUUUGUUGUGAUAUUGUUAAAAAAAUUCCUUUAACAAAAAAUGGAAAAUUAUAUUGGUGUUUUAGCAAUCAAGAAGCAUUUGAUUAUUAUUGCAAGGAAUAA